CUUCGUCGACUGCGAAUCCACGCUGUUCAACGCUCGAUUUUCUGUAAACCAGAAUCACGAAUGUGAAGGCUCCAACGAGAGUUUCAAUCAGAUCGACAGGUCGACGCACGCAGUCAAUCGUAUUUAUCAACAGCCACGUAACUGAACAUCAACUUUCUUAUCUCUUGACUCCGUUAAGCUCCGUGAAGGCGUGAAUCAUCAUCUUUCAAAAUACAGAUACUACAUUAAGUCUGUGUUUUUUUUUUCUUCUCCUCCUCUUUUGAUAUAUAUGCUCACCGAAAGGGAAAAAAUUGCAUUCGAAGAAACAGAGAUAUGGAUUGUGAUUCCAUCUUCUUCUUCUUCUUUCUUAUCUUCCUCUACUCCUCCUCCUCCGCCAUGGCUUGUGAUGGCGGCAUGCGUCGUGCCGGAGCAACGUACUCAUCUUCCUUCUCCGAUUUCUCUGCUGGAGCUUGUGGAUACGGAUCCAUGGCCUUGAGCUUCAACGGCGGCUACCUCGCCGCUGCGAGCCCUGCCCUUUACAGAGGCGGCGUUGCCUGUGGAGCAUGUUUCCAGGUGCGAUGCAAGAACACGACGAUUUGCAGUGAUGAAGGUGUUAAAGUGAUCCUCACCGAUGUCGAUCGCCGGAAAGAAGGUGCAGAAUGGGUUCUCAGCGGACCUGCUUAUUCGGCGAUGGCGCGGCGUGGGAUGGCCAAGGUGCUGAAGAAACUCGGCGCUGUGGAUGUGGAGCACAAGAGAAUUCGAUGCGAGUACAGUGGCAGGAACUUAUCCGUGAGAGUGGAGGAGAAGAGCAGAAGGCCUGAUUAUCUGGCCGUCAAGUUUCUGUAUCAAGAAGGUCAAACUGACAUUGUGGCAGUGGAUGUAGCGCAGGUUGGGUCGUCAAAUUGGAAAUUCAUGAACCGGGACAACGGACCGACCUGGAGCAUAGACCGAGUGCCGGUCGGGCCACUGCAGAUUAGGCUGGUGGUCACAUCUGGCUACGAUGGGAAGUGGGUCUGGUCUCGGAAGGUCUUGCCGGCCGAAUGGAGUUCCGGUUCAGUUUAUGAUUUAGGGGUUCGGAUCACGGACAUUGCUCGGGAGGGAAGCUCGAGCUCCUGAUUUUGCAGCAAGAAGUACUAACCAAAGCUUAGCUUGAGCUCCUAAUUCUAAGGUUUGUUGGCUUGUGGACUAGUUAUCGAGAGUCGAGAACACAGACCAGACUAACUGAUAGUCCAAACUUUUCGACACCUAGAUCAUUUGUUGCGAUAUUAGUCGACUGAUUUGAUAUGCGGUAGAAUGCGGUGUGGUAGUUGUAUCUGUUUUUGUCUGCUAUUUUUAAACUGUAUUCUACUUGCCACUAAAUCUCACUACACAAACUCAUUGCUCUAACAAUUAAGGAUUAUUGGUUGUUGAUUACUCCCAAGAGAUUAGUAGUAAUGUCACCUAGACAAGUAAUAAGUAGAUCCUAAU